AUGAGUGAUCAAUUGGCAAAGAAGGAUCUACCUACGGUUAACACCGAGUCAAACAGUGAUAAACCAGCUCCAGGUAAUAUCAUUGUGGUAUCAAACAGACUUCCUGUUACUAUCAACAAGAACCAGGAGACAGGGAAGUAUGAGUAUAAGAUGUCUUCAGGUGGCCUUGUGACCGCUUUACAAGGUUUGAAAAAGACUUCAACCUUUCAAUGGUACGGUUGGCCUGGUUUAGAGAUCCCUGAUGAUGAGAAAGAUGUGGUCAGAAAGGAUCUACUGGAGAAGUUCAAUGCUAUACCUAUUUUCUUAAGUGAUGAAAUUGCCGAUUUGCAUUAUAAUGGAUUUAGUAACUCGAUUCUGUGGCCAUUGUUCCACUACCACCCUGGUGAGAUCAAUUUUGAUGAAAAUGCAUGGUUGGCAUACAAUGAGGCCAAUUUGACUUUCGCAGAAGAAAUUAUCAAGAACAUCAACGAUAACGAUGUUGUGUGGGUUCAUGAUUACCACUUGAUGUUGUUACCAGAGAUGAUUAGAGAAAGGAUCGCAGAGACAAAAUUACGAAACAUCAAAUUGGGGUGGUUCUUACAUACACCUUUCCCUUCGAGUGAAAUUUACAGAAUAUUGCCCGUUAGACAGGAAAUAUUGAAAGGUGUUUUGAGUUGUAAUUUGAUCGGGUUCCAUACUUACGAUUACGCUAGACAUUUCCUCUCAGCGGUUCAGAGAGUGCUGAAUGUUAACACCUUACCGAACGGUGUCGAAUAUCAAGGAAGAUUUGUAAACGUUGGCGCUUUCCCAAUCGGUAUUGAUGUUGAGACUUUCCAGGAUGGUUUGAAGAAAGCAGAGGUCAAAGAUAGAAUUAAACAGCUCAAGGAGACUUUCAAAGGUUGUAAGAUCAUUGUUGGCGUUGAUAGACUAGAUUACAUCAAAGGUGUUCCUCAAAAACUACAUGCUUUAGAAGUGUUCUUAAAUGAACAUCCAGAAUGGAUCGGCAAAGUCGUGUUAGUGCAAGUUGCUGUGCCAAGUCGUGGUGACGUCGAAGAAUACCAGUAUCUGAGAUCAGUUGUUAACGAGCUGGUCGGCAGAAUCAAUGGACAAUUCGGUACCGUCGAAUUUGUCCCCAUUCAUUUCAUGCAUAAGAGUAUCCCAUUUGAAGAGUUGAUCUCCCUAUACGCAGCCAGUGACGUUUGUCUGGUAUCUUCCACCAGAGACGGUAUGAACUUGGUCUCCUACGAAUACAUCGCUUGUCAGGAAGAAAAGAAAGGUUCGUUGAUCCUAAGUGAAUUCACCGGUGCCGCACAAUCCUUAAACGGUGCUCUCAUUGUUAAUCCUUGGAACACUGACGAACUCUCAGACGCCAUCAACGAGGCCCUAACUUUGCCCGAAGAGAAGAGAGAUGCCAAUUGGGAAAAACUCUACAAAUACAUCAGCAAAUACACUUCCGCCUUCUGGGGUGAAAACUUUGUCCACGAGCUGUUCAGUACUUCUGACAACUCCGAAUAG